ACUCUCAGUCGCACACGGAGUACCCCAGGAAUGGGUGCUCACAGGAGCGCUGCGUGCCGCGUCAGCUUCCGAGGCGACCAAAUCAAAUGGAUUGUGGCAUUGAAGGCAGUGCAACCGGCGCUCAAGGCUUUAUGAAUGGAAAACCGGCGGCGGAAUGACGCAGGUCAACUCUGGUUUCUCUUUGCAUGCUCUUCGCCGUACCACCCUGCGAUUUACUCACGAUGCGAUACACUAGUUCUCCCAUCCACAUCAUCGCCAUGUUGGCUACAUGGACCCUCGCCGCAUACGAUGAAAAGCUUUGCAACGUUGGUAGCUAUACAAGCCGUGACAACGCUUUGAUAUAUGUCCCCAACGCCUGGAACGAUGAUGGUGAUGGUUUUAGCUGCGUUGCGGUCCGGGACUCACCGCCGGCCUUCGAUGCGACCUGGAAGUGGUCGUCGGGCCCGGAGUCGGUCAAGUCGUACCCCCACGUCAAAUUAACGGAUCCCACGCUCCCGGUACCCCUGUCCAACAUCUCGGCAUUUACACUGUCGGCCCAGUGGGCCAUGGGCCCGGGAUCGACGCCGUGGCCAGUGCCAAGCAUCGACUGGUCCGGCUUGGCAAGCAUUGACGUGUCAGCGAACACCGCCUUCGAUAUCUUCGCCGAUCGCAAUCCCGAUAACGCCCAGAACGAGACAGAAGCCGAGACUGAGAUCAUGAUCUGGUUGGGCAAGGUUGGUUAUGCACAACCUUUGGGCUACGGCGGAAUCGAGUCGUACCGCGCAAAGGUGACAGUUGGUCACACCGAAUUCGUCCUGUACCACGGAAAGAACCAGAGAGGCACGGCCGUCUUCACAUGGGUUGCCGGGUCGAACGAGACCAGCUUCGCGGAUGAUGUAUCACCCCUUCUCAAUUAUCUCUGGCGCAACGGGCUUGUAUCUCCUGCGUCCCAUGUGGGGGCCGUCGGGUUUGGGAGCGAAACGUACUAUGCCGCGGGGAACGUCACUUUCUCGUCGUCGCGAUAUGGCGUGAAUGUGCUGCCCGGACCUGCCCCAACCCUCGUCCUUGCACAGACCCCGACGGGCUGCACUCCGUCGGAGGCGGUAUCGUCGGAGGCGGUAUCGUCGGAGGCGGUAUCGUCGGAGGCGUCGUUGGCGGCACGGAUCCAAGCGUCGUGGCUGUCUGGCGUGUCGAUCAUCCGCAUCGUUGGAGCCUCAGUUGUACUGCUGUUCUGAUCGAGGAUCCACUUGCGGCUGGCCGCCUAUCCCAUUUCAGAAACCAGGACUGAGACAGGUACCUGCGGUGUACGACUUAUACAUGUCGAUCACGGGCUUUCUUUUCCUCUUUUUUGCGUGUUCAGGCCUCUCGACAACCGUAGGCUGGGCAACAUCUCGGGCUCGUCAGAUUGGGUCUCGGUGCAAUCGGUCGCCCAGUGGACAACGACCUGGGCUUUCCUAGCAUGGCGAUUAUCCUGUCUCUUCAAUGAGGGCGGGCUGAAUCACC